AUGGAGACUGGGGCAGCGAAGCUCCUGUAUGCGAUGAGUCCUUGGAGCUCAAAGCUGGGGCGUGCACCUGUGGUUGCUGAGCCCUGUGUAGGCAUCUCUGCUUAUCGAGAGUGGAUGCAGAAAGCAGGGCUUGUUUACAGGCCAUGCGCAGCCUACGAUUUCAACAUGGACUUGGUGCCGUUUUGGCGAGCUCUGCGAAACCAGGGUUUGCAGGGGACUUCGGAAGUCAAACUGGGUUUGCAAGAAGGGGACAUCGAGAGGAAUGUCGUGCUGUCAAAACUGUCAAGUGCGGAAGGCUUGAUAAGCGGGCCCCCUUGUCAGCCUUUUGCCUCCACAGGUUUAAGGCAGGGCGCCCAGGACGAAAAAGGCCGCACAGAUGUUUUUGAAUCAGUUGUAAGCAUGAUAUGUGAGGAAGGCUCGCGUGGCUGUCUUCUGUUUUUCAUUCUGGAAAACAGCUCACAUUUGGCUGAUGCCAACCAUGCUGAGUUUCUGAAUGAGAUGCUCUUGAGACUUGAAGUGUCACUGCCAUAUUUUUUGGUAGACACCGUGAAAAAGGAUGCUGCGGAGUUUCUGCCAGUCAAGAGAGGCGUUCCUCCCUGCCCCCCUGUGCUGCACGGAUCUGCUCCCGGCAGUCACAGGGAAGAGAUUUUGGAUCUGAGCUUGGCUGCGACCGAUGUGCAGAGUUUGUGUGCAGGGCACGCUGCUAACCUCACAUUGUACAAGCAGACCAUAUCUCAGUGCAUCGAAGAGCAUCGUGCCCAAGGCAAGCCGCUGCCCUCGAACACGGUUGUUGUGGAGCUCGACCGAAACCCCUUGAGAACUUUCGGCGGGAAGUGGGGUUGGGGCAAGAUCCCAUCACUGAGGACUACGGGGCCACCUUUGUUUCUUCUGAGUUGCGAGGACUUGUCGAGGCCAUGGCAGGUCAUGCGACUGCACAGGUGGCUCAGCAUCGCUGAGCGGUGCAGCGCUCUGGGGCAGCGUGCAAGCCACGCGGCCUUGUUCUCGAGAGACACCCAUGCCCUGCAUGCGAUCGGGAACGCUCUCUCGCCAGUGCAGCUGGCCGCUGUUGCCUCGCCGCUCGUGGAGGCAGCGGUCAACUCUGGCGUGCUCACUGCAGGCAACCGUUGCAAAGCCUGCGCAGUGGAGCUUCUGCCGCACACGAAGCCACCGGGUACAUCAGCAGCUUGUAUCCUUGAAGAGACCCCGAGGCCAAGCGCCACAAAAGGUUCCAAACCAAAGGCUGCAGUUGAAGAGGCAACACAAAAGACUCGAAAACCGAGGGCCAAAAGCAGUGCAAAGCCGAAGGCUUCAACUGAAGAGGCAAGCCCAAAGACCCGAACCCCGAAGGCCAAAACAGCUACAAAGCCAAAGGUUUCAACUGAAGAGGUAACCCCAAAGACUCGCAACCCCAAGGCCAACAGGGUUCGAAAGCCAAGGGCUCCAACUGAAGAGGAAGCUCCAAAGACUCUGCCUCGUGACACCAGCGCAAAGCCAGAGGCUUCAGCUGAAGAGGAAGCCCCAAAGACUCUGCCUCGUGACACCAGCACAAAGCCAGAGGCUUCAGCUGAAGAGGAAGCCCCAAAGACUCUGCCUCGUGACCGUGACACCAGCACAAAGCCGGAGGCUUCAGCUGAAGAGGAAGCCCCAAAGACUCUGCCUCGUGACACCAGCACAAAGCCGGAGGCUUCAGCUGAAGAGGAAGCCCCAAAGACUCUGCCUCAGCUUGAGCGACUGGUUGACGAGCUUUUUUCGGAUGAUGAUCCGGGCAUGGACGUUGAUGAUGCUGCGCCACAGAGUCCACUCGUCCUGAGUGAGAAAGCAACACACCUCUUCGAGUGUUUGGCUAAAGCCAAAGCUUCAUCCAAAAACUGGCUCUCGCCAGCAAGCAAGAGCUCCAAGAACGAAUCUGAGCCAGCACAAAGCUCCGGAAGCAAGGUUGGCGACAGACGGAGGCGUUCUACUAGCUCAGGGCGAGACAUGCCAGAGAAUGCUCAGCGCAAGCUGCGUUUCCCACCUCACUUGAACCUGCCAAAAGAAGCGAUCCACCUCUCGGAUUCCGACUAG